UCCAACCUCCCCCACCAACACACAACUCCAACCUCCCCCACCACCACAACUACAACCUCCCCCACCACCACAACUACCAACAUCACAGUCAAGAAUGCUGACAGCAUUGCUACAACUCCAGAUGUGAAGUCUUCGUCGCCGAACGUCUGGUGCCAGGCGAGGGAUGACGACAACCUAGGGAUACCCAUGUGCCAAGAUGAUGUUGAAAACAUCAUCAAGGAGUUAAACUUGCUUGAAAGAGAGUUCACCCAAGCUUUUCCAGACGCAAAAGUAAGAAAGGACCAAGAAAUAAUUGUAGAGAAAUACAUGGUGGAGGUGCUAGAGGUGCUGGACAGGUCUGACCCUCACAGAUGGUCACUGGUUGAUGCUCCGACGCGAGCCAACGCCUCCACCCGCAUUCAGAAGAGUCUUACAUCAGCUUCCCUCGCCAUUGCGACCACUCUAUACAACGAGUCUGUUAAUUAUACUUCAAGGAUCUCCGAGAAACAGCAGUUGUCAGGCCACAGUAUCCCUGUCGCAGGCGACUGUCUGACUCGUGUCAUGGGCAUCAGCGAGCAAGAGUUACUGCUUGUACAAAGUAUGACGUCACUUUGUCGAGCUAAUCGCUCACUUCCUGUUACGGUGUACGUGAGCAGAGCUUUGAAAGGAGACCAUGUGCCUGGUUGA